AUGUCAAAAGUACCAAGAAAUUUUAGAUUGCUUGAAGAACUAGAAAAGGGAGAAAAAGGGUUUGGCCCAGAAUCUUGUAGCUACGGGUUGGCUGACAGUGAUGAUAUUACUAUGACAAGAUGGAAUGGCACAAUUCUCGGACCACCACACUCAAAUCAUGAGAACCGUAUCUAUUCGCUAUCGAUCGAGUGUGGCAACAGCUACCCUGAAGAACCUCCUAAAAUUAAGUUUAUAUCUAAGAUUAAUUUGCCCUGUGUGGACCCGAAAACAGGGCAAGUCAGUCCAAAGGAUUUUCAUACUCUCCGUGAUUGGAAAAGGGCCUACACUAUGGAGACCUUGCUAUUAGAUAUAAGGAAGGAAAUGGCUUUGCCCUCAAACAAGAAGUUACCACAACCAAAAGAAGGUACUACUUUCUAA